AUGUUUGCGCUAGGUGAGGUUCGUGAACCGACAGAAGCUGACUUCGAUCACUUCAGAGAAUUUGCCUCAGAAAAAGAAGGUUGGACCAUUUUUCACUCUAAAAAGAAACCGGAUCAUGAGAUUACAACAUCUACCAAAUGUUUGGAUUGUUCUGCUAUUAAGCUUAUAAAAGUCGAAGCAAAAACGUUUAAUGUUCAGGCAGCAUCAAUAUAUGACUGUCUUCACGAUGCUGAGUAUCGCAAAACCUGGGAUUUCAUGAUGAAAGAGGGAAAUCGCAUUGCCUAUGUUUCACCGAAUAGUGAAAUUGGCUAUUACUACCGGAACAUCCCGACGUUUGCCGUUAAUAUCGCAACUAAGAUAAUGGCACCAAAAAUGUUGAAGUGUCUUCUCGACGCAGCUCGUGGAUAUAGCAGGUGGAAGGAAUCGAACAAUCCAGACUUUGUGCCAUGGAGGAACUUUGAACAGCUAAAGCAGUUUCCAUUGGUAAAAAGUGACGAUAUCUCCAACAAUUCUGAUCUUACCGAGGACUACUUUGAGCACUAUGUGAUUCUGGGUAAAAAAGGUGUGAAUGCAAACAGCCUACUUCCGGUAGAUAUUGCUGACAAUUGUUCUGAAUAG